CUAGGCUGGUGCUAGGCAACAGGGCCCACUGCUAGCUCUGAUUGGCUCUCACUGACUCAGAGAGCCAAUCAGAGCAUAGUCACUCACACAGCAAAUGGUUGUGUCUAUGUUCCCUUCGUGAUCAGGACCAGGAAGUGACAGCAUGAGAGGGCAGUAAAUAACUUCCGCCCUCACAGACACACCGAGCUGAGGAGGAUUCAGAGUGAUUUCACUGUUUAUACCAGCUCAGGUUUGUGGCAAUGUUUUGUCAAUCUAUGAAGAACCCAACUGUGUGGACUAAAAGCAAUGAAUUCCUUUCCUACCAAAUAAUGUUCUCAAGCAGAUGCCAGUAUGCACGGUUUGUCGGGACUGUUAGUUUCAAAAGCCAACAACAAGGUCUAAGGAAACGAGUGCAGGUCUUACCAGAUGUCCAUAGAUCUUGUGGUGUGUACGGCCAGAGUCUUUUCCUUGCAGCACAUCUCCCACCGCCUAACAGGACUGUCACAUCUGCAGCCUCGCUUGCAGCAGCAUAUACAGGGCAGCCAUAUGGUGAUCAUGGUGUGUAUGCAAAACUGGCAGACUCUGCUCCUGUUCAUUUGGCUGAGAACGUGCUGAUAUCUGUACAAGAAGCUACCGGGCUACCAUGGUGGGCGAAUAUUGUCUGCAGUACAAUAUUGCUGAGAACAGCGGUCACGCUCCCUCUGUCUGUAUAUCAAAUGUACAUUCUAGACAAGGUGGAGAAUUUACAGGCAGAAAUACAUAGCUUAGCAAAGCGUCUGCGAUAUGAAGUGUCUGUGUAUGGGAAGCAGCAUGGCUGGACAGACAAGGUUGCCAAGUUUCACUUCCGUAAAAACAUGAAGAGGAUUGUAAAUGAGCUGUACGUGAGAGACAAUAUUCAUCCAUUUAAGGCCAGCCUAAUUAUGUGGAUCCAAAUUCCAAUGUGGAUUUUUAUUUCUCUGGCAUUGAGGAAUUUUAGCUUUAAUACAAAUGGCUCAUCUGCAGGGACAGCAAUCUACAGACAGCUACAGGAGGGUGGUGCACUAUGGUUUUCAGACCUUGCAAUGCCAGAUUAUACUUGGAUUCUUCCUGUGUAUUUGGGUUUGAUCAACUUGCUGCUGGUAGAGUUGUUUGCAUUACGGAAAACCCAAAUGUCCAGAUUUCAGAAAUAUAUGACCAACAUUAUACGUGGAGUUUCUGUUGUUAUGAUCCCAAUCGCUGCCAGCGUACCCUCAUGCAUGGCACUCUAUUGGGCGUCCUCCAGUACUGUUGGUCUGGUUCAUAAUCUCCUACUCCGAUCUCCUACUGUUCGACGUAUCUUCCGGCUUCCACGCACCAAACUUGAUUCUGACACUCCUUACAAAGAUCUACUGUCUGCAUUUGUAGCAAAAUACAUUCAAAAGAAAUAAUCUGUGAUUUUACUGUUGUCAUUUUUGGACUAAAAUAUACCUUUUCAAAAA